CUAGGCCUUCCAGCCGCACCUCAGCUCCGGAGGCAGGGAUGCGACAUGGAUGCAGUCGACCGAAGAGGUCACAUAGGGAAAGUCGUGCAGCUGCCACAGCAUCUCGGUAUAGGAGAUCCGCAGCGCCUGCCGGUGACGCGUGUCCCGACGCCUCCCUUUCUUCUUGCUGUCGCUGUCAGGUGGUGCCGAUGUGCCGUCCUGUGGUCCGUGUGGUGGCUGCCUAUCACCAUCAGCAGCAGCUGCUGCUGCCGGGCCUCCCUGAUCCUGCGCCUGACGCGCACGCGCCUGCACGCCGCCGAUCUUCGUGUUCUGGAUGCCGUAGCUGUUGAUGCGAACGUCGGUGAGCGCGUUCCUGUCGGACUCACGAGCCAUCCUCAGGCUGGCCAUCGCCUUCUCCUCGGCACCCGCCACAUACCUGCUAACAUUCAAGCAAGACAAGCAGCAAGCAGGACGUUCAUCAACCGCCGUCACAGAAACAUGCAUGAGAUGAGAUGUGUCGUCAGCUGCUCGCCGCCUCACUUUUCGAGAUAGGCCUUCACCCACUGGUAGUAGACGAUCUGGACGUUGACCGAGCAGCACAGGAGGAAGGCCAUGUCGGGAAUGAACUGAGACAUCAUCUCAUCGCCCUUCAUACAGGGAGGGUAGUGCCGGCCCCCCUCCAGCUCGACAACCGGGCGCAGCAGCGGAUAGUCCUCGCCGUUUGGCGUCGGGCUCCUCCCGUCCAGCCCGGCCACACAUGCGAUGCGGUCCUCCGACUCUUCGGUCAGCCCCCACUUCUCGAGGAUCCGCAGGACCUUGGCUGAGUGGUUGGACUGCGCUCGCUCGUAAAGGUGUGUGUUCGUCACUCGAUUGGGUGUUCGCCGACAGAUCUUCCUCACGUUGCCCUCCCUGUCUGUCACCUCUUUCAGACAGCGGCCGACCGACUUGCUGCAGUCGUGGCGCAAAUGCUCGUUCAGAAAGUCCUCCCUGUCGAGGAAGUCCGCCUCGUUCUUCACAAUCUUGAGGUCCUCCGUGAAGCGCUCG